AUGAGUAACUCUAAAGACUCCUCAUCCGACAAGCCCUUCUCUGAUGACCAACAAGACCAUCAUGAUAGGCCUCAAAAUGCUAGUGAUGACACCACCAUGCAAGAGGCUGAAAAUGUCACAGGGACUAAUGUUGAGAUUGAACGAGACUCAUCUUCUGUUACACCUUUUAUGGCUCAAGAAACUGGUGAUCAUGAGGGUGGUGAUGCUGAUGAUAUUGUUAUAGAGCCCCAAGAAGGUUCUUCUAAGAAGCAAGGAGGCCAUGGAGACGAGUUGGGUGCAAUAAGUAGUGGUGUAAACAAACCUAAGAGGAAGGUGGAGUUGGUGGAUCCUCCAACACUACGCGAUCCAGUUUGUAUUGUAUGUAGCAAGCAGUUUGGCUCGUGGAAGGCUGUAUUUGGACACAUGAGAUCUCAUCCUGGGCGUGAUUGGAGGGGGGUGUUUCCUCCCCCAACUGGAAUAUGGGACCCUUUACGAGAUAUAGACCAAAAAGCAAGCAUGCCUAAUAUAGAUCCUAACAUAGGUCCUCAAGCUCAAGAGGAAAUCGCUACGACUCUUCUUAAUGUGGCUCAAGGUGUGUUACAGAGAUUGAAUGAAAGUGACAAAAAUGAGGGUGUAAUUGCCAUCAGUGAGGCUUCCUCUUCAUCACUCGGGAGAGGACUGGGGAUUGAUUUGAACCAACCACAAGAGAAAAGUCCUAGUACUGCUCCUGUUUUGGAUCUCAACAAGCCUGCAAAAGAGAAGGAUGAUGACAGUUCUUCAGACGAUGGGAAAUGA